AUGGCAGAUUUGAGAGGACACCCGGCGCAUUCGAGUCUGUGGUCAAAUUAUGGUGGUCCAGUACACAUGUCCAGUCGGGUUCCCGACGCGAUCCCAUCAACCACUACGCCUAUCUCAGGACGACCUGGCAGCAACCACGACGUGGAUCAUCCUCCCUACGCUUACAGCCGGUACCCCCAGGAUGACCAGGAGGCGUACGACAGAAACCCCCAUCCUGAUCUUUCUUCUCACCACAGCUACCCCAAUCUGAAGAGGUCCUUCUCCGAGACGGAGCCACCCGCCUACCAGGAAAUCGUCCAAGACCUUCGUGAUGAUGGCAACAAGAUGACCGUCAACCACGAUCACAAGCUGUUGGCCUUCAAAAGGUCCCAGGACAAGCACACCAUCGUCGACCAACAAGGCCGGAUGCAACAACUGGAAUUAUCAGCCCAGCUCCACGGGAUGUUCUUCCUGUCCGAAAUGCCAACCAGCUCAGCCGACGGAAGCGUUCGACAGCCAGAACUGACGUGCUACCGGAGAAAUCUGUUUCAGACCAGCGGAUCACUGAUUACCCCACGAGGCCAGUUGUCAAUCAUAACCGAGGCAGGGGAGACUGUCGCCGUCAGUAACAUGGAGGUGACCAUUUCAGCCAUCGAGUCUGUGGACGGCAACCCUGUCCGUCUGAUUGUGAUUCCCUGGAAGACCCCCCCGCCAAACUCUCCAGAAACAAACCAAAGCCCUGACCAAGAGCCUCCAUCACUCCCUUUGAUUCCCUUCCAGGAUGAUGGAAGUGAGGCUGAUGGAGAGUUUGCUGUCUAUCCCAUCGGCUGGCGUCGACUACAGUUUAGAAUAGCUACCGCCAACAACGGACGGCGUAAGGAACUGCAGCAGCAUUUUGUGUUGCACUUGAAGGUGGUAGGGACCUUAGCAAACGGCAACAAAGUUGUCCUCACGGAAUCAACAACAGCUCCGAUUGUGGUGCGAGGACGCAGCCCUCGCAACUUCCAGGCCCGGAAAGAGAUCCCACUGUUGGGAUCAAGUGCUGGAUCCCGUGGACAAGCCCUUGUCGAGACAGGACUGGGUGUUGUAGCGGGGGCCUUGAACGCGAAACAACAGGAAGCCAAGGCAAGAGGCCUUGAUGGGCAGCUACCACGAACAGCCUUUACGUUCAGCGCACCGAAGCUUCCAGGAAGCCAGCUCGGUUCCAUCCGAUCUAACUCAUACCCAACUUGGAGCUCUCCAAGCCAAGUGCCAAUGUCCCAGGUUCCAUCUUCCGGUGCUGGGACCUAUCCAGCAACGACCAUAGCAGGCGAUCCAUUUCCGAAACACGCCCUCACUGGAGCUGCCAACUUUACUGCGGAGCCACAGGAACUCCCUCUUCAAACGUCGAUGGAACCCUCAGUUCAACUUUCCCUUGUGGCCACCGACCAGACGCAACCCCCGAUUAGGCCACAGUACACCUAUGUGCACUCGACGACCGCUCCUCCACAGCUUCCCAAUCACACUGCUCCGCUCAGCGGCCACGAGAGCGCGCUGAGCAUCCCUCGUUACGUCGACAACCCCCGACCAUCGAAGAGCCCACGACACGUGAGCCACCCUUCUGCGCGGAGCUCAGGGUCAAUGGCGAACGAAGCAUCGCCAGAAUAUCGAUAUGGAUCGUAUGCACCGGUUAAUACUAGCCCGAGCGACGCCACGCAACCGGGAUACAACCCAGAAUCGUCUACUGGACCCUCUGCGCCAGCUAGAGAUUAUUACCCAUCCUCAACCACCUGGACAACAGCUGGCGAGCAUAGCUCCAGUGUUGCGUACACCAACAAUGACGGGAGGCCUUACCCGUUCCCGCAGGAUCAAUACAAGAGCACCACUGCAGGGACAUCGCCGACCAAGACUGAUUCAAGCCAGAGCCAAGCCCCCUCAGUCUACAGUGGAGGGCCUCGAGGCUCCUUCGAUGCCAUGAAUCAAUAUUCGUGGAGCGGAAGCUAA